AUGGUGCCACUUAAGGAUAUUCUUAACCAGGAAAAAAGCCCAGAUGAAGAACGUGAAAGUAAAACAUCGGGCUUGACAGAGCACAGUAUAUCGGAAAAGCAGUCGAAUUCAGAUUCUCACCAAGACUUUGGGGCAGAUGCAAGCAUACAUAGUUCAUGCUACGAAUGCACACAUGCUGACAGACACGUGGAGACUAGUGAGAAUUUACCAUCACCACCUUUCAGCAUGUCGUCGUCUGGAAGCUGUCUUGGUAAUAGCGACAAUGAAAAAGACAGCAACGGUAACGAAUACGAGGAAGAGUCAAAUUCAAGCAAGUGUGGACCAACGGGCUCCUCCUCACAUAUAAGUUCACCACGGAGUGACUUUGCGUCUAGUAACGAGGAGGAAUUCCUAGUUUGUGAAUGGGAUAACUGUGGAAAGGCCUUUUCUCAACCAGAGCUGUUAUACCAUCACCUCUGCUCCGACCAUGUUGGUCGGAAGUCUCAGAAGAAUUUAGAACUGAAUUGUAAAUGGAAAAACUGUAACGCAAAGACAGAGAAGAGAGAUCAUAUUACAUCACAUUUAAGAGUCCAUGUUCCACUGAAACCUUUCAAGUGUUCGAGUUGCCAAAAAAACUUCAAGAGACCGCAAGAUCUAAAGAAACAUCUAAAGAUCCAUGCCGAAUCGCACAUAAGUGUUAAAAAGAAGAGGGGUCCUAGAGCUGGAUCUAAAAGAAUAAAUAAGAAAGCUGUCAUUAAAGAUUCCAUGACCAACGUAAACGAUACGAGUAUGAACGGAAGAGGUUUAUCUAUAGAUAGCGAUACUUCCCUUCCCUCGCCAAUAGGUAGCUCAAUUCUUCCAAACAUUCCGCAAAGUCUACCGCCAAUUUCCAUGCACCAAUUAAUUUCGCAUGAGCUGUCAUCCUACGAACCAAUCUACACGAAGCAACUGGGAGCCCGAUUGCAGACAAUUUUACCGCCACUAUCCAAUGACGACCAUCUACCAAGGACAACACCGAUGUCCACCACAAAUGCAGCAUCCUUUUUCUCCACAUUAUCUAAGAACAUGACAAAUUCACUAGCAGGCAGUCAACACAGUUACUCACAACCACCUGCGAUCUCUCAACCAAUUCGUACAGUGGCGAUCAAUGGCCACAUAAAAUCGCCCAUUUUGAACAAUAUGCAUUUAACUCCGAAUCCGAAGCCAAUACAAUUUGGUUCUCCAACAUUACAACGCUCUAAAUAUCCUGAAUUUCAUCAGCUACCUCCCAUUGGCUCCUCACAUUUUACUCAGGAUGGCUACUCAAGACUACCUUCAUUGCCGGCGGUCCCUGUGCUGACUCCAAGGUACAGUACUUUUGACCGAGUUCCUCAAUUUAACACCUAUGGCCAAAAUUUCAGUUCAUCUCAGAGAAGUACAGGGAAGAAAGAUUCAGAAGAUGUUGACACUACUCAAAGCAUAGCUCAAGAUCUACUUUCACUACGCCUGGCUGACAAGAAUGAGGAUAAUGAGGAGGACUUGGUAGAAUUUCUCGAUGUGUUACAGACAGUAAACAUUCUGAAGGACUACUACAUGUGUUUACUACUCGAAGAAGAAUACGAAUCUGAGGAUGAAUCAGACCAUGGACCAGGAGAAUUAAAGACUGAUGUGAUCCGCAAGGACCGCCCAGUCGUCAAACUGCCCAAAUACCCAAAGUUAGCUGUUUAA